AAAUGCGUAGCAUCAGUCCUGCACUUGCAGGACAACUUGCACUCUUUAGUCGAGAGAUGAUUGACUUAUUGAAAAGUCAACCAAAAUGUUCAAUUCCGUUCAAUAAGUUUAUUCCUGCCUAUCACCAUCAUUUUGGAAGGCAGUGCCGUGUAGCUGACUAUGGAUUUACUAAAUUAAUUGAUUUACUUGAAGCUGUUCCUCAUUCUGUUCAGAUUUUAGGCCAAGGACAGAAUCGUAUAUUAAUACUCACUCAUCGGGCUCAAAUUAAAAGAUUUUCUUCCGAUCUCCUUCGAAUCUUGAAGUCAAGAGCAAGUAAGCAAGUAACCCUUAAAGAACUUCCCGUAAUUUAUGAGCAGUGCAUAAAUAAAGCAUUUGACAUAACUGAUUAUGGAGUCUGUGAAACGGUAGACAUGUUGGCAGAGCUUUCUGAAAAUAUAAUUAUGGUAAUGUAGUAUUUAUAAAUAAUAUAAAUAAGGAUUUUAUAAAAGUUUGUUCUGAUUUAUACUAAAUUAGUUUGGUUGACAUAAUUGUGUUAUUAAUUUAAUGUUAUUUGAUGGAACUUUUUUUAGUCUUCUGAAUGGAUAGAUAGCUUAGUGUUUUUCUUUUUUCUUUCUUAAAUAAUACUAUUUUAGGCAUUUGAAGAUUGUUUUGUUUUAUCCUCCAAAAAUAAUUUUAUUAUUAUUAUUAUUUAUACAGAUGUCAGUUGAAAUUUGUUUAUCAUCAGUUUUGUUAACAUGAUGUAAAAUGAAGCAGGAGUUUCCUAUAUUAUAGUUGAUAAUACGUUCAUGAAAAUCAGACAUUCUGUACAAAAAUGUUAACCAAGAGUCUAUUUCUUAUUGGUAGAAAUGUAAAAGAUUUUGUAAUGCAUUAUAUCAUGAAACCUAAACCUCCAACCAAAUUAGUAAAAUGUAACUAAAAUAAGCUAUUUUUUCAUUCCAGUAGCAAAAUGU